AUGAAGAUAAAGUUGAAAUGGUUUGUUACUGGGAUGCAGUCGGUGAUUGAUGAAGUAGAUGAAUUACUUAACCCCAAGACGACUAUUCUAGAGGUUAAAGGCCUUAUUCAGAUUCGCUUCGGUUUUAUUCCUAGUGAAGUAAUUCUUAUCCAUCAACAUCUCCUUGAGAACUAUACAACCCUACAAGAGGUGGGAUGCGUAGGGAAGGAGGAUGACCCUAUCAUCACCGCUCAUGUCUUGCGUCAGUCAGAAGAGAAUGACGAUGACGUGGGAGGCGAUGAUGCAUUACAGGAGUUUUCUCAUGAAGACUUUAUCUUAGCUAUGCAGAUGCUUGGAAAGAGCGUCUCUGUUUCUAAUGAGCGAAUAAAAGAAGUUCGUGAAUUCCCACCAAGGAUGCGUCCCGUAUUUUUAGAUUUAUCUCCUCCAUUGGCUGUUCCCAAAAGAACAAAUACCAAUUCCAUACCACCUCCUCCACCUGGAAUGCCUGGGGCUUCACUUGCACAGAAGUACGAUCCAAGUCUAACACAAGUAUAUCAGAUUUUUUCUCAAGCUCGGCAUGGGAUGCGCCGUGAGGGUUGCGACAAAAAGUUUUCUAUUCACUAUCCAGGCAUUUCGGAAUCAUUUCCUUACUGGGAUGCCCGUCUGCCGGAUAUGCUCCACUACCAAUCCAUUCCUUGUGGAAUAGGAGAGAUCUGUCUUGAACUUUUUUACUUUGGAGAGUUUUCAGCCAUUGAUGCCCCUGAGAAGUUUCUAACACUUGUUCAACAAAGUCUUCUAGAGUUGUGCGGGAUGAAUGUGAAAACACCUCUUCCGAUGCGAGAGGCUGGCUGCAUCUAUCCGCUUGUGGCAUGCCCUAUUGUGCUGAGUGAGUUGGAUGCGAUGGAACUGGGGGACACACUUUUUGAUGAUUUUGGAAGAGUUAAUACCCCCACCAAUGGCAAAAACAGGGAGAAACAGUCUAACGGGUCAAACAAUGGUAAUGUUUGCACACCACAAUAA